AUGGAGACAUCUCAAAAUACUGAGAUGAAUUCAAACCCAAAUUUAGAACUAAAUCCCACCAUUGUUGAUCUUGAUAAUACAGUAGAGGAAAGUCCUUCUAUAGAUCUCAUUAAUGGAACUGAGAAGAGGUGUGUUGUAUGGAAAUUUUCUUUGAUUGGACGUCUAGAUUUGCUUCGCUUAAAAUUUGCAGAUGUUGUUUCAAACUUGAAAUCUCAGUGGAAACUAGUCGGCCAAUGUAAGAUUAUUCCAUUGGGAAAAGGAUUUUUUACAAUUAAACUUGACAAUGAAAGAUAUCAGAACUAUAUCAAAGCAGGGUUAUGGGAAGUUUACAACCAAACAUUAUGGAUUCGAAACUGGAUACCAUAUUUUCGUCCAGAAUUGCAUAGAACUUCUUCAGCAAUGGUGCGGGUUCACUAUCCUGGUCUGAGUUUAGAAUAUUGGGAUGAGCAGACUCUGUUCAAAAUCAGUUCAGCAUUGGGAGAACCUGUAAAGGUAGAUGAAGCUACUUUAAACUUUGAAAAUGGUUUAUAUGCAAGAGUUCUUAUCAAAAUUGAUUUAACAAAGAAUAUUCCACAUAAACUAUGGAUUAAAACCAAGUUUGGAGGCUUUAUGCAAAGUGUUCUUCUAACAAAGUUGCCAAAAUUCUGUCAUCAUUGUAAGAUUGUUGGUCAUUUACAAGCUGAAUGCAGAGUGAAAAUAUCCAAUGAUGCAGAAGCAAUACAAGCAAUCAGUCAGAAUACUCAAAUUCCUCAACCAACAUAUGUUAAUCUAUCUUCUGGUAGAUUUGAAACUCUAAAUACAGUGAUUGAGGAAGAAGUAGAAAUUAAUAUAAAUGAAGGGAGUGGAAUUUUAUCUCCAGCACGAAUACAACAAAUAGCUGAGGAUAAUGCAGUUGAGAAGAGUGUUAUCAAUUUCAUUAUGGAAAAGAUGGGUCAAUAUCAGAGGAAAGAGUUCCAACAACAACAACUUGGUCAAAAAUAA